AAGCGAUUUUUAUGGCGAUUUUGCUCGUAAAAAAAUUGUUCUUCCCAUCUCGAUGGUGUUCUAUCCGAUCCUGGACGUGUUCAUGUUCGAGGGAGAAAGAGAGGGUGAAAAAGGGAAAGAAAUGGAGGGGUUGCCUUGAAUCCAAGACGGUCUCCUCCUUUGACCACCAGCACCCCCUGCCUUCCUUCCCCCCAUCUUCCUACACCUUUCCCUCUUCCUUCUCCAAAAUUGUGGCCCCGUUGGAUCCCCUUUUUUUAUAUUCGCCUCGGCUUCCCCUAUCCAUUGAUGGUUAGCGAGGUCGCCAGAUCGGAGCAGAAUGGGCGUGUGCUUCUCCGCGGACAUCAAGGUCACCGGUGGCUCCAGAAGAAGUGGCGGCGCGACGGCGAGCGAGAAGCAGGCGGAGGGGCCGCGGAAUGAGGCGGCGUCGGAGCAGCCGCCGCAGAAGGGGCGAGGUGAGAAGAAGCGGUCCGUUGGGCUGGUACCUUGCGGGAAAAGAACCGACUUUGGGUACGCGAAAGAUUUCGAGAACAGGUACUCGAUUGGGAAGCUUCUCGGGCAUGGCCAGUUUGGGUACACCUUCGUCGCCACUGAGAAGGCUACCGGAGAGCGGGUGGCAGUAAAGAGGAUAGACAAGAAUAAGAUGAUCCUUCCAAUUGCUGUUGAGGAUGUAAAGCGGGAAGUAAGGAUCCUGUCAGCUCUGAAAGACCAUGAGAAUGUUGUCCAUUUCCAUGAUGCUUUUGAAGAUGACUCUUAUGUGUAUAUAGUCAUGGAGUUAUGUGAAGGAGGUGAAUUAUUGGAUCGAAUAUUGUCCAAAAAGGAUAGCCGUUAUACUGAGAAAGAUGCUGCAAUAGUUGUGAGACAGAUGCUCAAAGUGGCAGCUGAGUGUCAUUUGCAUGGUUUGGUACAUCGAGACAUGAAACCUGAGAAUUUUCUUUUUAAAUCAACUAAAAAUGACUCGCCUCUGAAAGCAACAGAUUUUGGGUUGUCUGAUUUUAUAAAGCCAGGGAAGAAAUUCCGUGAUAUUGUUGGAAGUGCAUAUUAUGUUGCUCCGGAGGUGUUGAAACGGAAAUCUGGACCUGAAUCUGACGUUUGGAGCAUAGGGGUGAUCACUUAUAUUCUUCUUUGUGGUAGACGCCCCUUUUGGGACAGAACUGAGGAUGGCAUAUUUAGAGAGGUGUUAAAGAACAAGCCUGAUUUUCGUCGGAAGCCAUGGCCACAAGUAAGCGACAGUGCAAAAGAUUUCAUCAAGAAGCUAUUAGUAAAAGAUCCACGUGCGAGACUUACUGCUGCCCAAGCUUUGUCACAUCCAUGGGUGAGAGAAGGGGGUAGCGCAUCAGAGAUCCCACUGGAUAUAUCUGUUUUAUCAAAUAUGCGCCAAUUUGUAAAGUAUAGUCGUCUAAAGCAGUUUGCAUUAAGGGCAAUAGCUAGUACUCUGGAUGAAGAAGAGUUAGCUGAUCUCAAGGACCAGUUUCAAGUAAUUGAUGUUGAUAAAAGUGGUUUAAUAAGCUUUGAAGAAAUGAAACAGGCUCUUGCAAAGGAUGUGCCUUGGCGAUUAAGAGGACCACGCGUACCAGAGAUUCUUCAGGCUAUAGAUAGCAACACCGAUGGACUUGUUGAUUUCACAGAAUUUGUUGCAGCAACUUUGCAUGUGCAUCAGAUGGAGCAAGACUCUGACAAGUGGCAUGUCCGAUGUAAAGCCGCUUUUGACAAAUUCGACAUGGACGGGGAUGGAUACAUUACACCAGAGGAACUUAGAAUGCACACUGGCUUGAAGGGUUCGAUCGAACCGUUACUAGAAGAAGCUGAUAUCGACAAAGAUGGCAGGAUCAGCUUGUUGGAAUUCCGUAAGCUCUUAAGAACCGCAAGCAUGAGUUCGAAUGUUCCUAGUCCAUCUGGUGUAAAAAAUCCUCAGUUUUUCUAACUUGCUUUGUCGAUCGAGGGAAAGGAACACCGUCGAAGGUUGGCAGAUUUAUUGUCGCCUAUAUUCCUCUCCCCGACAUAUCUCAGGCUUUAUCAAGAGCCACUGUGGGCAUCGUUGUUUUCUUCUUUCUUGGCUUUGACUGCAGCAGCAUUGCGAUCAGUUAGAGCUAGAGAUAGCGAAAACUUUGGUAAGAACUAUGUGAAGAAGGACUAGGGAUGGAUGUAAAAUAACAAAACUUUCAUGCACAGUUUGUACAUUAGGUUGCACAAGGGUUUGCUUUCGCCCAAAAAAUGUGGUGUGGUAUUGUGUAUAUCUAGUUCAAAUUGUUCAGUAUGAAUAGAACAUAUUCAUGCC